AUGCCCGGGAACCUGGGCGUCUAUGCGACCGAGUCGCUUUCAGCGGCCUCGGCGCCGGAGAGCGCAUACACGGCCAUGGGGGAAAUGUCUCGGCAGCGUGCCGGGCAGUGGCGGGAGCAGCACGGGCUCCUCAGCGAUAGAUUCGACUACGCGGUCCCGAGCCACUUCAUGUCUGGGUGGGAUUGGUCGACCCGCUGGCUGGAGGAUUGGCGCGCCCUCCCUGUGCUAUCCCGUCAGAAUGCGGGCAUCAACUUCAACGAGUUUGGCCGGCCCUACUCCACCCCCCAGACAGUCAAGCUGGCUCAGGAUUUGUACACCCCCUUGCUUGCUGCAGGUGCCGCCCAGGUCAGCACGUACAGCUUCAGGAGAGUGGGCCCUUCUUUCGCUACGUUGGCUGGCUGGUCCCCCCAGCAGCAGGCAGGAUGCCACACGCCUGCGCCAGGAGGGCAAUUCCAUGCCCCUUCGGUACGCCAGCACUCGUUACACGGCGUCAGUGCGACGCAAGCAUUGCCUCAUGUUGCUAGCUUGGUGCGCUUUACUUCCUGGGAUGAGGUUACUCAGGAGGCCUUGGAGGCCGCCGAGCGGGACGGUGCCCUGGGUAUGGACAGAGCCGUUCAGAAGGACAACCACACGGUGUGGCAGGGCCAGCUCUCCCCUGAAGAGAUCCAGCCACGGUUUCGACUGCCAGCUGCGGUGCCGGUGCCUGCGGCAGCUGCAGCAAUGAUGCCGCGGCAGAUUGGGGGCAAGCGGCUCUCGGCUACCUUGCGGGAUGGAGUGCAGCUAUGCGCUGCUUUUCAGGCGGGCCAUUGCCGGCAUCAGGGCGAUGAGUGCUCUGGCGGCCGACAUCGCUGCGCCAUUCUUCUGCAGUCGGGGAGGGUGUGCGGCGGAACCCACGGUGCUGAGGUCUGCCGGGUCAAGCGCUUUGUGAAGGCUCCCGAAUCUCCGCCGAGGACGGGGACACGUGCCAAGGCCGGCGCUGUGGUCUUGAAGCCCAAGGCGAAGACGAUCCAGGUCAAGGCCAUGCCAAAGAGCCGGGGCGCUUUGGCUGGCUCUGGGAGCUCGUCCUCGGAUCUCCCUCCUUUAGAGGCAGCGUGUUGCGCAGGAGCCGGCUCACCCGCCACCGAGAUCUUCUGCUUCCGCGUCCGACGGACUGGAGGGCGGAGGGACCGCCAGGAUGAUGCGGCUGAGAGUCGCGCUCUGGAGCGCCACUUCGAUAGCAUUGCCACCAUCGGGGGGAAGCGCAUUCAGCCCCAGUUUUGGGAAAGUCGCGAGGGAGGGACCCUCUGGUUAUCUGGCAUGCCCACGGCCGAGACCUUGCAUGCUUAUCCGAGGUGUGACCUCCAGCUGUCUUGGCUGACCGAGUCCCUCACUUCCCGCGGCGGUGCGAUCAUUCCUGGAGCUUUGCAGAUGCAGGUGGCAAUCACGGACGCUCGGUCCAGGGACAGGCAAUGGAAGGAGUGCUGGCCAGUCAUUCGCCAAACUCUUGUGAGUGGAGGCUCCGUCGUGGGACAUUGCGUUGCGGGACGGCACCGUGCUGCGACUGGCCAAGCGCUGCUUCUCGCCUUGCUCACCGAUGCCCCCUUUGAACGGGCAACGGCGUACCGCUAUGUCGCCACCGCCAAGGACAAGAGGCAGGUCAACGCCUCCGGGAUUGUACCAAGGUUCAAGACCUCCAAGAAGCUCAAGGCUAUCAACGGGCCUUCUGUCGUGACUGCUUGCAGCGAGCAUCGGCAGUAUUCCGCCCAAAGUGAGGUGAUCACAUGUGAGGGUGCAACGUCCGGAGGGAUAUGGCGCAGUUUUCAGCCCGAGGAGAGCACAGACCUUAGCGAUCAGGCGGAGUUACCGUCGGUUUCUCCAGCCAUGGCUUCCUUUAGUCUUGUGCCGAGGGACGGUGCAGACUUUCGUGCGACUAUGGAGUCAUUGCAGUUAAAUUUUGAGUUCUCCGAUGAUGUGCUUGAGGCGUUGGUCAAGCAGAAGAUCAAGAAUCUCGAAGAAUUUCGCUACUUCUUCGAAUCAGAAGGGGAGAUAGGCCUCUGGGUCCAGAAGCUGUCUUUAGGAGACCAGCAGCCGCUGCAAACGGCCCGCCUGCGCCGUACUUGGGCGGCCGUCAAGGUCUUCUUCCAGCAUGCCGACGCAGGCCGGGUCCGGAUCUCAGAGGCGGAUCUGGAUGAUCUUCUCGAUGACAGUUCCUUGCGCGACAUGAAGCAGCAGUUUUGGCGGCGUUACAAAACCAGGUUCCCUCCGGAACUGUAUCCAUCAGACGCCACGCUCUCGCGAGUGACGCGAGAGCUCAACAAAAGAAUGUUGUGCGUGUUCAGCGUCUGGAAGGUCAAGAGUCUCCAGUUUCAGCUUCUGAGCACUAGCAAGAAGCGCAGACUUGGGGAUAACUUGUACACCGAGGAUCAGGACCAGGACGAGGUGAUCCCUCGCGACUGCGAGUCCUACCUUGACCGCUUGCAGAUUCUCCUCACAGCAUAUGCGUUGGCUGGGGUCCAGCCCGUGGCGGGUUCUCCCCCCGCUAACGGGGAGAACACGGUGGGGUCCGAUACCACGCAGUUCGUGCAUGCACCCUUGGACGUGCUCAUGGAGUACUUCCAUCGAGCGAAAAGGUCGGUCUCGCAGGUACAAGGGCCUAAGAAACUGUCCUGGCUUCAGCACAAGGACACCGAAGAGCGCGCAGUCUGGGUCUCCAAGUUCAGGGAGUCCACCAAGACGCUCGGUGCCGUGGUGCGCGAGGUGCUCAACCUGCGCGAUGCGCACUGGAUACCGGUGCAAUCGGGCUCCGCAAGCGAGGCCUUGUCCGCUUCCCCAGCGAAGCCUCCACAGGGAGGGGCCCCGCAGCCCCCCCCCAAGCCUUCUGCCUUCGCCUUGGGCAAGAGCGUCAACGGGAAGAAGGUGGCGCAGAUGAUGGAAGAUGGCAAACGACUAUGCCAGGAUUAUCAAGAGGGCCGUUGCGCGCGAGGCAAGCAAUGCCCCGAUCUGCAUAGAUGCGGCGUGGUUCUCAAGGGCGAGAGCUCCUGCAUCGCCCAGAUCAAUCCCUGUCAUGGCGGAUCUCUUUUCCGGCAAUCAAGCUUGGCAGCACAGCUCCAGCAGGUCGAUUUCAUAGCGGCAGCUUUCGACUGCUCCACCAAGAGCCGCGCGCGGGACAUCCCGCGCUCCUUUGAGGAUGGCAGGCCGGCACCUAGGCCGCUUCGAUCUGCAUCAUGCCCAGAGGGACUGGGUGGGCUUAGCAAGGCUGAGCAGGAGCGAGUGGACAAAGACAACAGAGCAUGUUCCUUUGUCCUCGAUGCUAUUCAGCAAGCGGCCGAGAAGGGCGUCGGGUCAGUGCGCGAGAAUCCAGCCAACAGCUUGCAUUGGCUUCUCCCCCAGGAGGUGCAGUCUUUCCAGUCGGGCUUGUGGCAAGACAAACACUAUGAUGCGUGUUGUUGGGGUGGAGCCCGCUACAAGCGCCAGCGACUGAGGCACAAUUUGCAAGAAAUCGCAGACUGGCCGGCGAUUCAGUGCCACCAUAUCCAUGGUAAAGGCGAGUGGGACCCUCAGUCCGUGGAUGGCAGACACUGGUUCCCGUCGCAGGAGGAAGCGGAAUACACAGCCCCGCUUGCGUUUGCGAUUGCAGUGUCAGCCUCGUGGUGGGCUGCCAGAGUGGGCCGCGCUAAGCUGGCUGUCCCAAGGAUGCCGGUCCCGGGCUGUGUUGGUCGGCGGGAAGCGUGGACUAGCUUCGAUCCGCGCGGAAGCGAAUCGAAUCCCACAACGCAAGAGAUCCAGCGUGAGGACGGUUUGCUACCACCAGGAGCCAUCUACAUUGGCCAAGGCCACCAUUCACACCGCCUGCCACGCACCAAAUGGGCAGCCCCCAUGGUGGCGGGCCACGACUGUUCGUUUGACGAGUUCCUGCCUCGUUACGUGCAGCACAUCAAGGACAACUUGGGAGACCAGCUCCCAGAACUCUUUGGGAAGACCUUGGUGGUGGAUGAGAUCACCGCCUGGCCGUCGGAAGGUGAUGCCCUUGCCGGGCUCGUCUUUGAAGAGCUGUCGGACAGGAACAGGGAAGCCAAGCCAUUGCAACGGAGGCCGCCGAAUAAGAAGCGCAGGAGUAGCCAGAUUGGUCGUCCACUCCGUGCGCUCGGGUUGGCAGUGGCUCCGUUGGCGGAUGCAUCCCAAAUUUUCUCCUGUUACUUGCGGCAAGAAGAUGUCUUUGGGGCAGUCUGCAAGCUUUUUCCGGCAGAAUGGUUGGAAGGAGUUACCUUCCCGGCCUUGCGGGCCUACUUUGGCUCCCCAGUCGGCCCGUAUAUCUUCCAGCGUGCUGCGGGACAGCAGGCGGGAGCUCUAAGCCAGAGGGCAGCCUUGCCUCCUCUUCUGUCCUUUGGAUUAUCAGAAGAGGACCAUUUCUGCCAUUCUCUUGCACGCCUUCACGAACCAGUCCCCACGGAGCGCGAACCUAUCUUGGACCCCGACCUCCGCUUCGCCGCCGACUUCACAGCAGCCAAUCGAACAAGCUUGCGAUCCCUGCGCCAGAAUGCGAUCGGUGCAGUACGUGAGCUAAAGCGCAGGUGGGCCCCAGUCGAUGUCGCCCUGCGGCGCUUCCAGGCCCCCUCCCUACACCGUGUGACGGCUGCUCGGGACAUUGGGCUAGUGGCGCUACUCGUUGUGCUGUUCUCCUGGCCUGACACGGCUCUGCCAUUUGCCCUGGUGGCGGGAAUGCCAGCGGUGGGUUUCGCGCCGUGUUACGGCGUCUUCCCACAGCUGCCCACUUCGCGCAUCUCCUUUGACGAGGUGAUGGGUGACUGGCGGGCCCACAAUGCUCGUAUGAUUUCCAGGAUCGGACCGUCCAAGGACGACGUUUUCUUGUUGCAGCAAUCCACCAAGGAUCAUGAGGCUGGAUUUUGCUCCCCGCCUCUUACUAAGGCUGCGCUGUUGCGUCGACUCAAGGGGCGCCCGUACCUUCCCCCGGAAGACCUCGAAGAGGCCAAAGAGAGUGACUCUUUGGAAUCUGGGGGGGAAGACUGGCCUGAUGCUUAUCGGCAUUGCCCAAUGAGCGAAGAGGAGUCCCUGGCUUGCUUGGUGGUAUGGUGGCACCACGAAUGGCAAGCACCCGCCUAUCAGAUCUAUGCCGGGCUUCUAUUUGGGCUCCCGCUGGCAGUUACAUCUUUCAACCGCUACAGUCGUUUCUCCGAAGCAGCCUCUCGGAGGCUGGCCCUUACAGUGGCUUCCUCCUACUUCGACGAUUUCAACCUGCUCGAUUGGGCAUCGUCCAAAGGCUCGGGCCAGUGGGCCGUCGGGUCAAUCAACACCCUGUUAGGGACGCCGUUCGCUGCAGAAAAGCGGCAGCCUAUGUCGGCACAUGGCACGUUCCUGGGGCUGGAUCAUGACUUAUCCGAGGCCCUUUCCCAAGGCUUCGUCAUUUUUUGGGCGAGAGAGCGCCUAUUCGACAAGAUGGCUGACCUUAUCGAGCAGGCUACCUCCUCCGGCUCCCUGCGAGCGGGCCUCGCAUCCAAGAUGUUCGGCCUUAUGAACUUCUUGGAGCAAGGGAUGUAUGGCCGGGUAGGUUGCGGGGGGCUGGCAGCCCUCUCAGAACGCCAAAACUCACGCGAGGUUGGGCUCACGGAAGAGAUCCGUGCAUGCUUUCGCCUGAUUUCGGCAAUUCUCCGGCUCCGCCCUCACCGCCAAUUCUGGAUCAUGCGGCCGCGGAUCCAACGCUUCAUAGCUGCGAGUGACGCAGCCGAAGAAGCACCUCUUUGUGGAUCAGGCGGAUUCCUGAUCGUCUGGCAACACCCAAAGGGUCAGCUGCGCGAAGGGUUUGUCGCAGAGUCGCCAGCUAGCCUGUACCCCCUUUGGGGUCCAGGCGAGAAGAAAAUCGCGCAACUGGAAUUGAGCAUGGUCCUCUAUGCCCUGGUCUCUCGACCCAGCCACUUCAGAUCCAGGAGGGGUGUAUGGUACAUUGACAAUACCGCGGCUCUUAUGAGCCUCAUACGUGGUCGAUCAGACAACGCGGACCUCUCUCGCCUAGCCCAAUUGAUCCAUCUUUGCCUUUUCUGCUUCAAGACAUGGGUCUACUGGGAAUGGGUUCCGUCCAAAUCCAACUGGAGUGACUCCAUUAGCCGCGAGGGCGCGGAUGAUGUGUGGCAUCAGUCGCACCAGUUUUCCAUCUUUCGUGCUCAUUUCCCUCAUGAGCUGUGGGCGCUGCCGCUGGAGGCGGUAGUGGUGGUCCUGGAGUUUCUCUAG